UCGUCUAACGAUGAACUUUUUUAUCAUAUCCUUGGAAUGGUAUGUAGAAUUGAUUUUGUAUGUUUCUAAAAGGUAAUUUUAAAGCGAUGUGUUAUAUUUUAAACGGACAGCAAUAUUUCAAUAUUUGAGUAAACAUGUCAGCAAACUGCGAACCAAAAAACGACUUCGAAACUCAAGCGGAUGUUAUUUAUUUCUGCAUUAAGGAAAACAAUCCUACCAAAAUCGUUUCUACGUUAUGUCUGUUGUCAGCGCAGGUUCGUAAACAGAUUGUCUCAAUCAAAGUGAAUGAAAAUACAGCGCUUUGUGUGGCUGUUGCGAACGGACAUAAAGACAUUGUUGAGUAUCUUCUUAAAAACUGUGAGGCUGAUGUCAACCAGAGAGGAAUUUUCACAGACGAAAAUGAUAACCAAUAUAAAGUUCCACCUAUUUGGUGCGCAGCGGAAUCCGGGAGAGUGGAUAUUGCAAGUUUGCUGUUAUUUUAUGGAGCAGACGUGAAUGAUUGUUCUGACACAGAAUCAACUCCAGUUCGUUGUGCAUGUUUUAUGAACCAUCAGCUUAUGGUUGAAUUUUUAGUUGAAAACGGAGGAAACCUUUCGAAAACUAAUAUAUACGGUGGAACAUGUUUGAUGAAUUCCAUCAGAUGCUCAGAAAUUGUUGAAUUCUUAAUUGCAAAGGGUGUGGAAGUUAACUCAGCUGACAGAAAUGGCUGGACUGCCCUUCAUUAUGCUGCUAAAGAAGGUCAUGUUAACAGUGUUAGGAUUCUACUGACCAAUAAUGCUGAUUACACCAUACGAAAUAAAACUGACAGAACUGCACUAGAUUUGGCUGCAUAUAACGGACAUGAUUUCGUUGUUGAGGCUUUUAUGAAGAAAAAGUGUGGUACUGAGAUAGAGCUCGUCGAUUCAUACGAACUACUAGGAUGUCACCAUGUUGAUACAGAUAUUGAAAAGGCACGUAAAUUCUGGAUGAAGGCUCUCGGAAUGCGUUUCGAAUUUUCAGUAAAUUCAAUGAAUAAGUCUCAAACUUCCGUAAAUUUCCUGUCAAAAUCUGCCUUUGCUGAUACGACGGAAAUAACAUCAGCCAAAGAACUUAAACACAUAAAAGAUGAGCAUAUACUCUAUAUGCAGGCAUUACUUAAAUAUAGACGAAUUCUUGGAGAGGAUCACGAAGACACUAUUUACAAAAUACGAUAUCGUGGUGCAGUAUAUGCAGAUACUAAACUGUUCCAAAGGUGUGUUGAAUUAUGGAAAUACGCCUAUAGCAUUGAAAUAAGUAGAAAACAGUUUUUAGAGAACGAUACAGUGAAUGCAGCAACUUCUCUUGCAAAUAUAUUUUGUGAAAUGCAAAUCGCAUUUGAAGAUCAAAAUGCAAACGAAAAGGUACAGACAAAAGAUGUCAUUGAAGUCAUAUCGAUGCUUAAAGACCAUAUUUUUAGCUGUGAAGCCAUUUUAUCCAGACGUCCAGUCAAUAUACAAACAAUCAACAACUAUAAAUACCUGCUUCAGUCCGUUAUACACAUAAUAAAUGUUUUCCGAUGUUUAGAGAGAGAUCCAUAUGAACAAAAUGAUUUUUUGAAAAUAAUACAUGAACUAGUUAGAUUGAAUACGACUACUUAUGAUGGAGAGUCAUUAUUACAUUUGGCCGUAGAUCCACAAACAGAAACUGUUGAUGAUACGUAUUUUUCUCAAAUGCCUUCACUUGAAGUUGUAAAAGUUUUGCUCGAGUGUGGAAUAGACACAAACAGAUCGGACAAAGAUGGUGUAACUGCCUUACUAUGCAGUAUCAAAUAUAGCCACCAACAUGACAAAAAAUAAAAUGUGACAUUAUAAAGCAAAACCAAAAAUGAAAUGUUGUUUGGCUCGUUAGAAAUAUUGAAUAUUGAUAAUAGGGACAGCUGGAACAUGUUAAAGAGGUCAAAGUUCGUAUAA